GCCGCGUGAUGUUAGAAAACUGAAAUCUAACGCAUGUUUUUCCUUUUUUGUUUGUUGUCUUCUUCAUUUUCUUAAUUAAGCAAUGAAAGACGUAUGGGACUAUGUCGUAAAAGAUCUAAUGACGAUAAGAAAAUGAAAAAGAAUAAUAAUAUUUAACGCAGUAACAAUAUCCGAUUGAAAGUGGGCGGAGCUAAGGCUCGUUACGUUACUUCCGGUGGCGCAGAGAAGGGAUGUAUACCAUUGGAUGGGGGUUUUCGGUACUUUCUGUUUUUCAGUUAUGCCUGUGUCGCAGCCAGUGCGUGCUAAGAGUUUGUUACGGGCAAACUUGGAAAAUUCUCGCGCUAGGUUAUUACAAACCAGGAUGCCGAAUAUAAAAGUAUUCAGUGGUACAUCUCAUCCUGAGCUUGCUCAACGAAUUGUUGAUAGGCUUGGGAUUGACAUUGGAAAAGUUGUCACGAAGAAGUUCAGCAACCUCGAGACAUGCGUGGAAAUAGGAGAAUCCGUCAGAGGAGAAGACGUGUACAUUGUUCAAAGUGGAAGCGGAGAAGUUAAUGAUAAUUUGAUGGAACUUUUGAUUAUGAUCAAUGCUUGCAAAAUAGCAUCUGCAUCCAGAGUUACAGCGGUAAUCCCGUGUUUCCCAUACGCAAGGCAGGAUAAAAAAGACAAGGGAGGCGAUGGUGGUGACAAGUCGAAUUCCAAUAAGAGUCUUAUUGUCAUGAAGUCAAACGAGUGGAAAUUCAGGAGUCGUGCACCAAUCUCAGCUAAAUUAGUAGCGAAUAUGCUGUCAGUGGCAGGGGCUGAUCAUAUAAUAACCAUGGAUCUGCAUGCUAGUCAAAUACAAGGCUUCUUUGAUAUUCCGGUCGACAACUUAUUCGCCGAACCAGCCGUUUUAAAAUGGAUUAAAGAAAAUAUCGUCGAAUGGAGGAAUAGUAUUAUAGUUUCUCCAGACGCUGGUGGUGCCAAAAGGGUAACGUCAAUUGCUGAUCGACUUAAUAUCGAAUUCGCGCUUAUUCAUAAAGAAAGGAAAAAGGCGAAUGAAGUAGCAAGUAUGGUACUAGUAGGUGACGUUAAGGAUAGGGUAGCAAUAUUGGUCGAUGAUAUGGCUGAUACAUGUGGCACAAUAUGCCAUGCUGCGGAAAAACUUUUAGAGGCUGGCGCAACACAAGUUUAUGCCAUUCUUACACAUGGAAUUUUCAGUGGACCAGCUAUUAGUAGAAUCAAUAACGCAUGUUUCGAGGCGGUCGUAGUAACUAAUACCAUUCCUCAAGAUGAACACAUGAAAGAUUGUCCAAAAAUACAGUGUAUCGAUGUCUCAAUGAUGUUUGCCGAAGCUGUCAGAAGGACCCACAAUGGGGAAUCUGUAUCGUACCUAUUCUCUAAUGUGCCAUACUAGGUGUAAAAUUAAUUAUAGUAUACUCUUCUAAUAAUGAAUGAAGAAAAAGAAUGUAGUCUUUUUACAUUUGUUUAUUAUUAUUCCUAGUUUAGUCAAAAGCUAUUACCUUCAUCAGUUAAUGAGGGGGAAUAAUAUUUUUAAAUUCAUCAGAUCUUUUCUUCCUUUAUUUUUUUUUUUUUUUUUUUAUUUCUUUUUGGUGACGAUUGUUGAUGGAAAUUAUAGUAAUGUAUAUCUGCCAUUAUGUUAGAGUUUUCAAAAUAGUAUGUUUGUCGCUAUUAGAUUGAUAAGUAGAUUUUUCGUGAGUUAAAAUUAUUUUAUUAUAUGUAUGCUAAGAAAUAAGAAAAUCUAAGGAAAUCA